AGCAUUAUGUUUUAUGGGCAACGCAAUGCUGCAUUGGAGACUCAGGAACGUGUACCAUGGGUAGCCCCUGACGAUGCUGAAGGAAGUGAUGUCGACGUGAGCCCUUUGGACAUUGACAGUGAUGAUAACGACCCUACCUACAUUCCUGACGAAGGCCUUACUCAGGACGAUGCCUUUGACCCUCCUAACUCUAGAGCUCGCAAGGUCAAUGUUGUUGUCCCUCAAGCGAUGCCUAUGGAAGAGGAAGGUGAGCCUAACCCUAAGAGGUCUCGUGCUGAUGAAUGGAAGAAGGAAGACAUUGAUAUCCGUGCCCUGCCCAACUUCAUUCAUCAGAAGCCUGACUAUUGUGAACCUUAUGAAUAUUUCUCCCAGUUCUUCACAGCUGAAUUGAGGGAACACAUUGUGUAUCAAUCCAACCUGUACUCAAGACAGAAGGAUGUAGGCAGCAACUUCCACAUGUCAGAAGAGGAUCUCAUGGUUUUCCUUGGCCUCAUCGUGUACAUGGGCCUGGUUCCUCUCCCUAGCAUAGUUGACUUCUGGGCUGUGAAGACCAGGAUUCCUCAAGUUGCAGACUUCAUGUCCAGGAACCGCUUCAAGGCAAUUCGAUCUUCCCUUCACUUCAUCGACAAUGACCAGGCAGCUGCAUCCCAAGUUCGGUUCUUCAAGGUGAGAGUCCCCUUCACCAAGGUCACCAGAGAGUUCCUGAAAGUUCCUGAGACUCCUAUCCACUCCAUUGAUGAAGUGAUGGUCGCCUAUAAGGGCACAAGGGCUGGUAACCUUCGCCAGUAUGUCGCAAAGAAGCCUGACAAGUGGGGCUUCAAGUUGUUCUGCCGCUCCAGUGUGGAUGGGUUUGUGCAUGAUAUUCUCAUGUACCAAGGGGAGACAACCUUUAUGAGCCACCAUACUAUGCUAUCUGAAGAGGAGAAAGCCAUGUCUGUAACUUCCAAGUUUGUUGUCGCCUUAGUGAAUACCAUCAAGGACCCCAGUAACUCAGCAGUGUAUGCAGACAACUACUUCACAAGUAUAGGGUUGGACAAGUACCUGAGAUCACAGUAUGGAUGCCGGUAUGUGGGCACUGCCAGGGAAAACCGAGUUGGUCAUCCUCCCCUGACGUCUGUGAAGGAGAUGAACAAGAAAGCGACACAAAGGGGGACACUGGACUAUGUCUCUUCUGAUGGCAUCCUUGUUGCAAGAUGGAAGGACAACAGCGUUGUGACAAUCUUGUCCUCUGAUGUUGGUGUGGAGCCCAUGGGAACAGUGGAGCGGUACGACAGGGCAGCCAAGAAGAAGGUUCCCAUUCCUUGCCCAUCUGUCAUCCAGAUGUACAACAACCGCAUGGGGGGCAUUGACAAGAGUGACAUGUUGACACACCUGUACAGGACCCCCUUCAAAGCAAAGAGGUACUACAUGAGGCUCUUUGCUUACCUCCUUGACUUGAUCAUCUGCAACGCCUGGAUUUUGUACAAGAGGGAUUACCUGGCUUUGCAGGCAAACCCAAAGACCCUCAAGGACUUCCGUCUGGAUAUCUCCAAUUGGCUCAGAAGCUUCAAGUCGUCAACCUUCAGAAUAACCAGGAAUUCUCUUGGUACCAGAGAUUUUGCUUUGCCAAGAAGGGGCCAACGGGCAGUUGUGCCAAGUUUUGAGACACGCCAGAAUGCCACUGCCCUACACAUGCCAAAGCAUGUCACCAUGAGGCAGACUUGCAAGUUCUGUUCUGGUGCAGGCCACAUCCACAGAUCCCGCUGGAUGUGUGAGGAUUGCAAGGUGGCCCUUUGCCUUACUGAAGAAAGGAAUUGUUUUGCUUUGUUCAAUAAGAUUUCGAAAUAA